AUGCCGAAAAUCUUUCUAAUUUUCCUGUAUUUUCAAGUCUUAAAAUCUGAAAGCAGAAAUGAAUCUGAAAUCGGAAUCCCGAAAAAUUCAGAAUUUGUAACCUAUUCUCCAGUUGAACUCGCAAAAGUUCCCGGAAUUUUGGAAAAAUUGUUGUUCAAUGGAACGAGUGCGGUUGAAAAUUCAGUCAAAAAACUCGAUAAUGUGACUGAAAAUGCGAUAAAUGCAAUAAAGGCAAAGGUUUCAGAUAUUCCUGUUUUGAGAGCUGUUGUUGGGGCUAUCGAUGCGAUAAGUCAACCUACGAGAUAUUUAAGAAGAUUUGUUUUUGAGAAAGGUAUGAAUGGUUUCAAAGGGAUUGCUAAUUUAAUUUUUUAA